AUGAGGGUCCAGUGUCAGGCAUCUGGCCGCUACUUUGCCAAACAUUUUAAGUCCCUGGUUCUUCCUGGAGAAAUUCAGGAGCCGGUUGAAAUUUUUACAGACCUCUCAUGCUGUUGUGAGUACAGCAUUCUAAUGAUUGCAACCUGCUGGCCACAGAGUAAGCAGCAUGUUUUGGUAAAUUCAUUGUCCCUGAGUACUUAUAUUUUAAUUACAAAAGUGGCCCUAAGACAGAUCAUAGCUGAGAAGUCAGCUUGCCUUCUAGAAACUGAAGUUCUGGUGAUUGCCAAGCAGGCGUUUCCUCUCUCCUUAAACUAA